AUAUACAAAAGAUUUUUAUCCGUUAAUGAUAUUUUAAGUGAUAAUCAUUUUUUACAGACUUAACGACGUGAAAAACUUAGUUAGCCAAUUGUAUGAAGCAAUGCACGUCCAGGAACACCAAUUGUCUAAAGAAAAAGAACUGACAACUCAGCUGGAGACAAUCAAGCAGGAAUUACUGCCUUUAGAACAGGUAAAGAGCGAAAUUGAACUUGUGGCCCAACGAAGAGGAAACUGGCUAGCAUGGGCCGGCUUGGGCUUGAUGUCGGUGCAGUUCGGUAUCUUGGCGAGGCUGACUUGGUGGGAGUACUCGUGGGAUAUUAUGGAACCCGUUACCUAUUUUGUUACUUACGGAACUGCGAUGGCAUGUUACGCCUAUUUUGUACUUACUAAAGAGGAAUACAUUCUACAAGACGUCAGAGACAGACAGCAUUUGAUAGUAAUCCACAAGAAAUCGAAGAAAACAGGUUUAGACAUCAACCAGUACAAUAUGUUGAAGCAAGAAGCUGCCAGAAUAGAAUACACCCUAAAGAAGUUAAGGAACCCCUUAAAAUUGAAACUACCUCCCAGACCAGGAAGCCAAACCGCGAGCUCCGGAUUAGCAGCCGCCAUCGCUGGAGCUGGUGCAACUCCUGGUACCAAUGUCACUGUAACUCUAGUAGAUAAUCCUGUUACCCAGCCUAAAAUUGUUGUAGAUCCCAAAAUUACACCUUUGGUCUCGAAGGAAGCCCAAUCCGAGCCUAAAUCUGAGUCCAAGGCUGUUAAGGAUGUGUCCACGAAGACUUCUGUCCCAGACGAACCUAAAAAAUGA